UACAAGGAAGUGGAUUACCCCGGGAUCGGUCACUUCACAACCAAUGACUUCUAUGACCCGAAGUACAGACCCAUAGUAUUUCUUCCUCAGAGUCCAGAUCAUAUCAAAACCAAAUUCCUUUUGCACACCCGAAAGAACCAGAGGGACGCACAGGUUAUCACUCAGGGGGACAAACAGGCCAUCAAGAACUCCAACUUUAAUGGUAAAAACCCCACAAAAUUCAUUGUCCACGGAUUCCUCGACAAUCAGUUGUUCGGCGAUUGGAUGCGACAAAUGAAAGAUGAGUUUCUCUUUGCCGGUGACUAUAAUGUAUUCCUUGUUGACUGGGCCGGUGGUAAUGGU